AGGGGGCGCGGCUUCCCCGAUGGCCGAUUUCAAGCACUGGAAGGAGCAGCGCCUGUCUCGCGCGGAUGGGAGCCGCAAGGGCAGCGUGGACGAGCCUAUCGAGGGCCUGGUGCGGCUCCUCAACGGCCACGAAAGCUUCUGCACCACCAGCUCGUGCUCGGGGCGCGUGGUCGUCCUGGAGCAGCAGCCACGCCCCCUUAACGCCGAGGCUACCACAGGCUUUGAGAUACAGAAGCGAAAUUGUACCUGGCUUAUGGUGACCCAUCAAAUUUGUACAAUAGAAGAUGUGCUUACAGCCUUGCAGAAAGCUAAAGAUGAUGCCGUAUUCAAAUUUGAGCCUUUUGUACUUCAUGUGCAGUGUCAAGAACUGCAAGAUGCACAACUUCUGCACACAGUGGCUAUAGAAGCCGGAUUCAGGAACUCUGGUAUAACUGUUGGCCGAAAAGGAAAAAUCAUGAUGGCUGUGCGGAGUACCCAUUGCUUGGAAGUUCCACUAAGCCAGAAAGGAAAGCUGAUGGUCAGUGAAGAAUAUGUUGAUUUUGUUGUUCAAGUUGCUAAUCAGAAGAUGGAAGAAAACAGGAGAAGAAUUGACAGAUUUUACAGCUGUCUACAGUUUGCAUUGGAAAACAGAGAUCACUCCAGUAGUUUGCCUUUUGAGGAGAAAGAAAAGAUCAGUACCAUGGACUCUUGCAUAAAAAAAGGGAAAGCUAAAGGAAUCCCAAAUGAAGACAUAUGUCCUUCUCCAGGGAAAUAUACAGGAUUAGAAAGUGAAGAUGAGGCACAAAGUAAUAUUAAUGUACUGCAAGUAGUAUAGUACAUAGUAGGCAUAUCUGUAUUUUUUUUUGUAUGAUGUUGUAUUUUCUAUUGCUCUUUGUAAGAGCUUAGUGAAUUAUUGUGCUCUAGAAAGUAGCAUAUUCUUAAUAAGUCUGUGGUUAUUAGGUUACAAUAAAAGUAAUAAUACUUAACACUUCUAAGUAUAUUAAGUUUCAGGAAAAGUAAUGAAGUGCCACAACUGUUGAACAUGAAAAAUCCCAUGGAUUUUUUUAAUACUGGAAGUAACUUAUUUAGUCUGUGAUCUUUAAUACAGAAUAUGCAAUAUCCAAACCAUAUCUAAGAUUUCACCACAGUAAAGCACUGGUGUUCCUUUGUAUUUGCUUUACCUGUUUGAACACUUUUGUUCAGAGGUUAAAGACUGAUAUGAAAACAUUGAACACAGUUCUACCAUUUAAAAAUCUGUUGUCCCACCCCACUGAAGAGAACAAUCAAGACCGUAAGACAUUUUUUGGACCAAUGCUUUUGAAUAUUUGGAAGAGGCAAAUGAGCAUGAAACAAAUUCACUCUUUAUUAAACUGAAAAAAACAGUUGUAAAGAGUAGUAACCUUUGCCACUGUCAAUAGUCAUUUGGUAUCCUUUCACUUUUCCCUUGUUCUGAAAGUAAAUCUUUGAAACUAAACCAUCAAAAUCCAUCCUUAAAACAGCUAACCUAACCAUGUUGCCAACUAGAAAAUAUAUUUUACCUCUUAGUGGUGUUAGCCUAAUACAACCCUCUCUUAUCUUGGUGCUAGCUGGGGAUGAUUAGUAUUCUAGUAUAAUACAUUGCGAUGGCACAAGGUUGGGGAAGAGAAAUAUAUUUUUACUUAAGAAUUUAUGAAUUUUUCAAUUAUUUUAGCGCUGCAGGGUUUCAGAAACUUUUAUUCAUUUAUUUAAAGAAGUUGUACUCAGACAAAAGGAUCCAUUGAGCAACUAACAGAUAACAAUAAUAGGACAAGUCUAUGACCUUAAUUGUCAUAGAUAUAACACAUACCUAAGGAAAAAGAGAGAGGGAGGAUGAAAGCAAGCAAGCUCAGGCAUCAGUUAUCAUAGUUAUAGCAGGAAUGAAGAAGUGACUGUAGUGCAUUAUGGCUAGGAAGAACCAGUGGCAGGUGCUGUCUCCGAUGGGAAUAGUCCUGUUUCCCUUCUCUCUGCCCUGACACAAUGGGGCAGAAACUGCAGAGCAAUAUGCAAAUCUAAAUACACAGGGUAUUUAGAUGGAUAUUUAAACAGAGGUAAUGAUAUCAUAAUUAAGCUGCAAGUACAAGCCAUCCAUCUGUAGAAAGGCUGUCUUUCUGACCACUCAUUUGUUUGCUGCUGGGGAAUUAGCAGGAGGUAGUGACUGUCAAUGAGAGGGGAGUAUUGUCCAGAAAGUUCAAACAAGUUUGUGACAACUCCGUAAAUUGGAAAACCUAUGGCUUGCAGAUGGACCUGAAAGAGCGGUCUGCGGCCACGCCAAUUGCACUGGGACCGAGGCAACUGCACACACCCAGUCCCAAUCAUGGCCACCACCACAGUCCUCAACCUGGCCACUGGCAAGGAGUGACUUUUUGACUCUCCUUUUUGUGAUGGUUCUUCCUGGUUGGGGCAGGCUCAGCUGGGCUUCCGGACGAAUUCAGGGCAUGCAUUGUGUAAAUGUCAUGCCCCCAAUGCAGCCUGAAGCCAACACUUUUGGCCUGUCUGCUUCAGGCCUAGGCUGUUCAUAUCUUUGUGGUUGAUUACCAAUGAACAAAUUAUUUUGUCCAGUUAGACAAAUGAACAAUAUAUCUAUAUUGAGCAAAAUUAUCUAAGGAGCAGCAGAUCUUAGGCAAAACAGAAUAAAUACCAGUAUUUGAGGAACUUCAGUACUGCAUUUCUGAAGACCUGAUGAAAAGCAAAUUGUUCCAAAGCAGGGAACCUGAAAGAACCAUAAACAGCAAGAGUAUGGGACUCUUCUGGCCAGGAAUUGCAUAUUUUGUGAGAAGAGUAACAGUACCAUUGGAUGACAUGUAUGUUGGAAGGCACAGCACAUUGUGCAUGGAUAUAUCUGAAAAGAAAUAGUGUUGAAAUAAACAGGAAAUGUUGGAUUUCUAUCCUAUUUUCAGACAUUGCUUUUAAAUUUUGCCAUAAAACCUACUAAAAGAAUUUCCUGAAGUUAAAUGAAAAAUGAAAGUUAAAGGGAAUAUCAUGGUCCUAAGGAAAAGUAACUGUUCCUUUAUUUCAGUUUUUGAAUGCAUGAUUUCUAAAUUCAUGCAAGUGAAGUAGGAGGCACAAAAACUUCAAUUCAUCAUUGAGUCAUAGCUGAAUUAAACACCUUAAGCACCUAGAGUUUAAAAUCUAAAUUUUCAUGAAUUAUCAUCUGUUUCACACUUCAAUAAAAGUUUCUUAUAGAAAUAAGUAUCUGAUUAAGUCUCAGUUCUGUGCUCAUGUACAGUAAUUGUAAGAAAUUCCAGUUGGUUUCACUAGAGCUUGAUCAUAAUGAAGUGUUUAUAUGACAACAACUGCCUCCAUUUCUAAGCCUCAUAGAUUGUAACCAUUUUUAUACUUCUGUACACAUAGGGUUGAUUCAGAAAGAGUCAACCCUGAAAAUUCCUGCGCCUGGAAGGGCUACCUAAAGUUUAUUUGACUUACCAUGACUACCAAAAUAUGCAAUGUCACACAGCUUGUUUCAGGAAAGCCACUGCACUGCUUCAGCUCCAAUACAUAGCAAAUUGAAUCAACAGUGUGUAACCACUUGAAAGUCAAAUCCUACCUAUAGUUGGGGGUGGAGUGUCUGUAUAAACACAUGUAAGUACUGUAUUUCUCAACUUUUGUACAGUCCUUAUGAGACUAGAUAAAGCUCCUAGGAGAUUGUUUAAAAGACGGUUGACCUCCUCAGGUCAACAAUACACUGAUUUCCUUUCCUUUUUCUUUUUUUAAGUGACCCUUUGCACUGGCUGAGAUUUCCAAUUAGCUUUAGGAUUCAAAGUCAAUGUUACCUAAGCUCUGUUUAUAUACAUCUGUGACACUCUCUGUGUUUAAGAAGAAUGAGGUUUAUAAAGUGAUUUGUUUCACUGUUGGUUUUGUAAGCUGUGCUAGCUAGAUUGCAUUCUCAGGAUGAAAGAUGGAUGAAAACUAAUAGCAAGCUCAAGUUGUGAGUGCUGACAGGACUGUAGCCAAAAUGGGACUGCUGUGAAAGAAGAGGAAAACAUCAGAAUACUCAAAUCUUUUAACAUUAAUCUUUAAACAAAUGAACUCAAUAGCCUUGUGCAGACAUAAUGCCACCCAGACAUAUUGAUAAAGGCAUGUACCCCAGAGUCAUACAUUCCUCCACUUUCCUGCAAGAAUUGCCAACUUUCUUUCAAAAAUUGAAGGAAUAGCUAAAUACCUUUAUUAGGCCAACCAGAAGUGGCUCAAAAAUGCACUAGCUUUCAACGUUCACUGGUUCAUCAGGCGAAGAUAGUUAAAAAUAAUCUUGCAGAAGAAACAAAAGGCACACUUGAAGUCACAAAGACUUGCAGGUCUGCAUCUUUGAUUUUGGAUGUUACACACACAAAACUUGUGUGUGUGUGUGUAUGAGAAAAUCCUGUUUCUCCUCCAGCAGCUCAAGACAGUGUAUCUUAUUUAUCCUCAUAAUGACAACCAUUUGAGAUAGCUUAGACUGAGAAGUGAUCAGCCCAGGCUCUUCCCAUGAUCUUCAGAGAAGAGUGAACAUUUGAACUUGUGUCUCUAAUCAUAAAAUGACACCUAGAGCAUGCUUGCUCAUACCUGACUACAGUGAAAAUAUUCAGCCAACUCUGAAAUCCAGAAUACCAUGAGAGGGAUCAGAAAUAAAAUAAAUGCUAUCAGGAUAAAUGUUUGGUGCAACCACAUUUGGAAUGUUAUGUAUGUUUCUGGUCACUGACAGAAAUUUUUCUCAGCGUAUAACCACAGAGAGGUCUCACAGAUCUGGUAGCUUCUAAAGGGAGGGGAAGUCAGAAGAUACUACCAUUCAUAAGCUGUGUACCGAAGGAACCUCUCUUGUAUUAAUUUUUAAAUCAAUCGAUAUUUCUUUACAGCCAAUGGACCCAACAGGUCACUCAAAAGCUUAAAACAAGUUUGGACUUGAAACUGCCCAAAUGGGGAACUUGGGCAAGACCCACCAAUACAAUACACUGUCAAAUUCUAAAGCAUCUACCACAGUAUUCAACCCUGUGUUUGUGGCUGUCUAUCCCACCAGGCAAAUUGCCUCUUCUGAAAGCCUCCCCUAAUUCAUGUUUAAAAUACAUCAUAGGCUAUACCAUUUUAAUUCCAUUUUUUAAAACCAGUCAGGGACAUCCAGCUGCUUCCUAGUUUGGUUGUUUCUUCUUCUUUUCACUCUGUGUGGCCCCUGGAUCCAUAGACUUUGCCCACCCCUAGUGUACCACAAUGUCUCAAUGAGUUAUAGAAUUCCUUUUUUUUCCUCCUAGGAAUUUCAACUUGAAACUGUCCAAUGAAAAAUGAAUCUGUCAAAAAUUUUAUUGGUAUUUAUCACCAUGUAUCAAUGAGUUAUCGCCACCACCACUCUUUUUAUUUUAUUUUCUUUUCCCUUCCAGGAAAGGUCCCCUUUAGAAUUUCAACUCUUUGGUAUGAAGCAGAACCAAAAACACAUCUCAGAUUUUGAGUCAUGGCUGGCUCUCUCUUCCUUUGCUCCUAGUGAGUGAUUUCUGUUUAGAAUUUCGGCCCAAAAUACAGCAACAUUGCCUCUUUCCUCCCCACAUAGAUACUUGGGAAUUUCAACUUGAAACUGGGCACUACAACUUGAACCACAAACACAAAACACAGAUUUCAGGGGGCUAGCACAAAUGUCCCAAUGAGUUAUAGUGGUCACCGCCAUGUGAGCAUUCUCUUAAAGCUUAUUUUAUUUCAAGAAAGAAGCUGCUCUGGGUGAAAGUAUUGCCUGGAAAACGCAUCAGAAAUACAUAAUCUAGCAUUGUAUCUGCACUUUGGUUUUCACCAAGCCAAACCAUAGUUUUCAAAGUGCUUUUUGGACAUGAUUGCUACAUGUAUAUUAACCAUAUUAACCCAAUUGCCUAAAUAUAUUAAGAUAUCUGAGAGUCAGUGUGCUAUAAUGGUCUGUACAUUGGACUAAGAUUCUGGGGAACUAGGUUCGAAUUGCUGCUCAGCUGCGGAAAACCACUGGGUGACCAUAGGCAAGCCACACUCUCUCAGCACCAGAGGGAGGCAAAGGCAAACCCCUUUGAAUAGUUCUUAAAAACAAACAAACUGUGAUUAGGGUCACUAAACAAGAAAUUACUUGAAGGCACAUAACAACAUUUAGAUAUCUAAAUAGGCAGCAUUAUAUCAUCAUAGUACAAAGAAUCUAGAGAUCAUCUAAGGAAAGAAAACCUAUAUAAAGAGAGGGAAACUAAUAGUGAACCUACUUGGAUACAUAUAGAGAGGGGAGCAUUUGUGAAUCCAGGGGUGGGCCUUUGAUGUGUGGAAUGUAUGUCAUUAUGAACUUUGGAUUAGGUUAUGAUUUUAGCUAAGAAAACUUUUGAUCAAGUAGAAGCAGAAUUAAUAACUGCAUUAAUUACAGAUACAGUGUCCGCAGUUAGUCUUGUUAAUCCAAAGUUGACAGGCAUCUUUAGUUCUGUAUAAAUUCAAAUCAUCCAAUUAAAUUCAAGUCAUGAAAUCACUCCCAUUAUAUUAUGAAGGCCAUGGCCAUUACUUAGUGUAUUCUAGGCAUAACCUUUCUGUGGCACCUACUUUUACUAUAACUGCAAACCUAUGUAAGGUUUUAAAAGCCGUACCCAGUAUUGGCAACCACUACAUAAAAAUGCAAAGCACACAAUAUUUGACAGAUGAUUGUGUAUUAAUAAAAUGAAUAUUCUUUCCGGGGAAGAGGAUUACCAUCUCAAUUUUUUAAUAUUACAUUCCUCUGCAAAAUUGCAUUUUUAAAUGAGGUUAAAACUAGUUCAGAAAUUGGGUCAGCGAUCAGAAACAUCUGCAUGAGCAGAAGUCAAGUGGUGAUAAGUGAAGACUGCAUUCUAUCAGACAAUAAUGUACUGUAUUGAAUUCUUAAGAUGUCAUAAUUUAUCAUGUUUUAAGAUUUCUGGCAGACCACCAGAUGGCAGUAUGCUACACAUAGUCAGCCAAGGGACCUGCAUUUCAAAUCUUAUGUAUAGGUCUGAUAAAAUUUGGCCAGUUUUAAAAAAUUAUUAUUAUAAAGGAAACCUUAGGGAGAGGAUUGGGGGUAGGGUGGGAGUGGAGGUAGAAAAACAUUUUCUUCAACGGCUCACUCAGAUGGGCCUGAAACUAAACUGACAGCAUUUUGAAGGGAUAAAUAGAAUGUCUGCAGAAUAUGGAAAGCUUAAACGCUAUAUAGCCAUUUAUAAAUGCAUUAUAUUUGUAAAUGUGAAUGUUAAAUAUGAAUGUGUAUGCGUAGUGUGCUCUUUUAUAGACAAAACAUAACUGGAAUUAGAACUUUGCCCUUCUCAAAGGGAAGACAUAUUUAAGACGUGAAAAAAAUGUAGUCUUCUUGCUGACUAAAUUGAAACCUUUCCUGUACAAUCCUUAAUAUGGUUGCUCAGAAAUAAACAUUGCUGAGUCCAGUGGUCUAAGGUAAGUAUCUGCAGAACUGCACCUUUUUAAAAAGGGUGUUACAAUCAUCUUUGUUCUCACUGCAAAAGAUUUUGAAAGAAUCAUUCUCCUAUAUAAAUUUUAAUGCUGGAUUCCAUAAGUGCUUUCAUGCCAUACAAUAGGCUUGCACCAAGGACACAGACCCAUGGUGGAUCACAGAAAGAUCUUAUAACCCAAAGCAGGAUUCCCUGUUCCCUGGCCACUUUGAAACAAGAACUAUGCAGAAUGGAUUGUAAGCCAUUUUUACUCUGUAGUAGUAUUAUAUAGCACUAGUCUACACGCGACGCGAGUGUCCCUGAGAGAGCAGAGCCUUUUCCCAUGGAGUUUACAGUUUACAGUUAAUUACAAGGGAAAUGGAAGAAGAGUAGGCAGCAGAAAACACAGAGGUAGUGGUAUGCAAUUGUUUGAGUCAUAUCUGCUUACACCAAGUUACAAACUGUUACAUUGAAGACUUUUGUUGUUGUGUGCCUCCCAAGUCAUUUUUACUUAGACCACCGUAAAGCAAACCUAUCGUAGGAUUUUCUUGAAAAGGUUCUUCAGAGGAGGUUUGCCAUUGCCAUCCUCAGAGGCUGAAUGUGACUUGCCCAAGGUCACCCAGUGGGUUUUU